AUGCUUUCGCCAAAAAGCACACAUGCGAGGUACGGCUGUGAAGACGUAGACGAAAAGGACCUACGGAAGUCAACCGUAGUGUCUAACACAAGCUCGUAUGCGACGCGUGCCUUUUCGCGUGCCCGUGUCCUAAAUUUCUAUGAGCAAGCAUACCCUACCAAGCGUGGCUCGGCAAUCGAAAAGGUGUUGGUACUGGACGUCAUCCAGGGCCCCCUGCCUUCAAGGACAUCUUCAUGCACACUGAAUCAGAGCAUGUACUUCCAAGAAUCAUUGCAUCAUGCGCCACCUGUUCGAUGUUAUGCGCGACUUCGUGACGAAUGGCAAAGUCUCGCUGUCCGGCCAGAUGAUAUGGUCCACCUAAUUGGUGAGUGGGAUGCAGAAGGAGACGUGCCGAUCAUGACGCUGGCUACCUUUGUGGCAGACACGUCUAGAGAAAGCCAACGACUCCUUAUUCUUCACCCUGACGUUAUCAUAUCUGCAUCGAGACUCGCGAGUGUAGCAUCAUGUAUGCGAAAGUCGAUGCUGCAAGAGCGCAUUCGCUCGCCAACGGAAUCGACCUACGUGGCAGUCAUGGGCACGGCGGUGCAUGGCUUACUUCAGGCGUGUCUGGUUGCUUCAGUAGAUCCAGUCUCUGAAAGCAAGAUGCCUACAGCAGGUGUGCAAGCGCCUAAAGCAUGGGAUCGGCUUGGAAACUUUUCGCAAGCAUUCUUGGCGGCUGAAGUGGAACGGCAGCUCGAGCUGGUGCAGGAAGCUCUGGUGCUCGUUCAUGUCGCGACGGAGACUGCCCGCACCGACUUGUAUGCAGCUAUACCUUCAUUGGUUCGAUUUGCUGAGACCUAUCUUGCAUUCCGUGAUGGACGAGCGUCUAGCAUGGCUGUGGUGCAGGAUCCUCGUACGGACACGCACGUUUCGAUGCGUUUUACCCGGGUUGUCGGUAUUGAGUCAGAUAUAACGUGCCCCAUGUAUGGACUCAAAGGGCGUAUGGACGUUUGUAUGGAAGCAGAGAUACUGUCCGAAGCUGGACUACAGCGUGCUCUUCUCCCUAUCGAGAUCAAGACGGGUCGUGUGACAUCAAGCAUGGAGCACAUGGCUCAAACGAGCCUGUACACCAUGCUUCUGGCUGAUGCCUAUGGUAUGCAUGUUGACUGCGGCUUAUUGCUGUAUAUCCAAAACUGCGAGAUGCGUCGAGUACACCGAGUGGUCCGAGAAGUGCGGAGUCUCAUUAUGGCGCGCAACGACAUGGCCUCCUACAAGGUGCAGAAAGCACUUUUGCCCUCUCCCACCUCUCUCUCUGUCGACGUGGUGCAUGAAUCGACGACUCAGACCGAACCACCAUCAUCGCCAGACAGCUUUGAAUUCGAGCUGACUGAGGCAGACUUGGAGGACGUGGUGUGCGAUAUCCGGCCGCCCAUUUUGCCGCCGACCAUCGACAGUCGCUUCAAGUGCCAGCGAUGCUACUCGCGUGAUGCGUGCAUGCUGUACCGUCGUGCCUUGGAGCGCGUCACUGAUAUCGACUCGCCUAUCGCCGACUUAUAUACCGAGAGCACGUCGCAUUUAACGCCUCAGGACCUGUCCUUUUUUGCGGAUUGGGAUGCGCUUUUAUCGCAUGAAGAGCGAAGUUUGCAGCGCCAUCAAGCGGAACUAUGGACUAUGUCGGCAGAAGCGCGGCAAGCAGCAGGACGCUGUCUUUCGCACGUAUCAAUGCGGCAGUGCACGGACUCAGCGUGCACAUUUGAUGUGCUGAGUGAGCAUGUGCCCUUCGUCGCUGAAGAUCUGGUCAUACUGGCUGUCCAGACACCGGUCACGGCGUUUCUGUCGCGAGCACGGGUGUUGCCUGGCAUGCACCUUUGCGUGCGCUUUGAAUCGUCCAUGGACAUGGCCCUCACUCAAUACAAGGCACAGUAUGGCAAUCCCCAGACAUUUCGCAUCGAUUUGGAUGAUAUCAUGUCGAUGAUGGGCGUGCCACGCUACAAUCUCGCCUGUCUGUUUUACAAAGAUGUGCCACCGCAAGUUGAGGCUCUGCGUCGGCGAGUUGUGCAUCUGGAUGCGCCUCAAUGGACAGGUAUGGACGACCGCAUGCGCACAUGUAUGAAGCGGCACACGAUGCACUGUAAUGAGGACCAGUGUCGGGCUAUUGAACGAGCAUUGUGUGCACGAGACUAUGCGUUGAUUUUGGGCAUGCCAGGCACAGGCAAGUCGUCGACUAUUGCUAUGCUAGUGCGCAUACUGGUCGAGCUUGGCCAACGAGUGCUGCUGUGCAGCCAUACCCAUUCGGCCGUCGACACGAUCGUGAGCAAGCUGCUUGAUGCACCUGUUCUUCGGCUGGGUCCUCUUUCGCGUGUACAUCCGCGAGUGCACGCAUGUACGCUGACCGCGCGGCUUGGGACAUGUGCGACGUCUGAGGAAGUAGUACAAGUCGUGGCAGAAGCCCAAGUUGUUGCUGCAACGUGCCUAGGGACCAGCGAUGCAGUUCUAGCACGCCGUGCUUUUGACGUGUGCAUCAUCGACGAGGCCAGUCAGAUCACUGUUCCAACGUGCCUGGGACCGCUUCGACUGGCAGACCGUUUCGUGAUGAUUGGUGAUCAUCAUCAGCUUACGCCGCUUGUCAGAGACACUGACGCCGCGCAGCAUGGAAUGAGCGUGAGUUUGUUCCAGCGCCUAUGCAAAGCACACCCGUCGUCCGUGGCGAUGCUAUGCACGCAGUACCGCAUGAACGCCGACAUCAUGGCCUUAAGUAAUGCACUUGUGUACGAUGGGCGCUUAGUGUGUGGGAAUGAGAGCGUCGCGUGUGCCAAAUUCACCAUGAAGCGAGACGCGUGUCCGUCGUGGCUGUGGGAUGUAUUAGAUCCAGCGCGGCCUGCCGUGUUCGUCGAUACGGACGCAGUCAAGGCCGUCGAGUCGCGUGCCGAUACCCUGGUGGAAAACCGAGUAGAGGCUGAGUGGAUUGUGCGCAUGUCCGACGUGCUCAUUCAAGCCAACGUGGCCGCCGCUGAUAUUGGCAUUUUGACGCCAUAUCGACAGCAGGCUAAGCUCCUGCGUGAUCGUUGCGCGUGUGAGGUGCUGACAGUGGACCAAGCCCAAGGCCGUGAUUGGCCUGUGGUCCUUGUGUCCCUCGUGCGUUCCAACAAGACGCACACGGUGGGCGAGCUGCUUCGUGAUCAACGACGUGUCAAUGUGAUGAUCACCCGGGCCAAGACCAAACUUGUGCUGGUCGGCAGCUACUCGACAAUGAUCCAUGGGCCUUGCACAGAACCCAUGCCCGCAUUGCUCCCGCUUCUGCGCAUGAUUCAGCCCAAGGAGCCAGCAGAUAUACCCGUGCACGUAUCGCCUGGACGACAGCGGUACGUGAAAAAAGCUCGGCGCCCUACGCCGGUAGUGACGGAUCUCUUGAACGAGCAAGACUGCAUCGCCGAAUAG